UUUGCGUAAUUUUGAAAACCGGAAACGCAUAUUUGCGCAUAAUUGCGCGGGAAAUUUGUGUUUACAAACUUGUGGUAAAUUAUGCCACCGGUUUCUAUAAAAUAUGUCGUGUCAUUUUCCUCCCAGGAUGACAGGCAUCCAGUGUCAAAUUUAAUUAAAGGUGAUGGAUUCAGAAAAUGGUUGAGCCAUCCGCAGGAGAAGACAGGCCAGAUAGAGGCAGUGUUUCAGAUGGAGCAGCCUUGUGUCAUAUCCUACAUUGAUAUAGGUAGCAUCUGGUGUGCCACACUGGAAAUCAAAGUUGGGUGCUCUGACUGGCCAGCGGGUCGCGACUUUGAAACUCUAGCUUACACAGUGAACCUGAUGACCCCAGCAGAUUGCAUAAUAGGCAAGAAUCCAAACAAGACUCAGAUGUUCUCUCCAGAUCUGUUUUGCCCAGACAUUGCCAAAAAGGAAUGGGAUAGGAUAAAAGUUAUCUGUCGCCAGCCUUACAAGAAACUUGUGCAGUUUGGCCUGUCAUUCCUGAGAGUGAAAACAUCAUUGUCGACAAUAGGUUCACCAAAUGUGGAGAAGAAAGAGAACAUUCCUGUGUCUACAACAGUUAAAGAUAUACAGAAACAUUUCCUUGGAAAACUAGAUAAUGGAUUGAACAAAUCGAAUGGUCAGCUGAAAUCAAGGCUGUUGAAGAUAGCUGCAAGCUCUGAGAAUGGAGUGGAACAUGAUGAGUCUUUAUCCCGCACAGCCAAACUGGUACUGGCCGCAUCGGGGAACAAACCCAAGUCCUACACUGCCCAGAGUCCCGUACCAAACUCUGAGAAAUCUGGCAUGUAUUCCAGCAGAGUGGAACAAAUAUAUGGUCCACAGUUUGAGGAAGAAGUGGAUGAUUUCUUAAAACAUUUGGUGAUAGAUCCAAACGAGUUGGACAGUAUAACAAUGGCAGAUGUUAGACAUAGAUUUGAGAGAAAGAAGAGACGUAAACUUACCAAAGAUGAGAAGAAGAUUUUUAUACAGAAGGCAACAAAGUAUUUAACAUCAGCAUUUAAAGAUAAAACAAAUCAGGGUGUUGAGAAAAAGAACAUGAACUCAAACUGCAAGCCCCCGUCUUUACCUAAAACUGAUGUAACCAGCAACAAAAUUGAAAAAGUACCUGUAUCGAAAAAUAAGGAAAAUUGUGUGCAGAAGCCAGUACCAGGAGAUGAUAAAAGAGCUAGUGUUAAACGAAAAUUGGAUGCCGAUACAGCCACCCCACCAAGUAAAAAAGUUGUCAUAGAGAAAAGCAGUCCAGUCACACUUAUGCAGAAAUUAAAAUCUAGUGAGAACCAGUCUGCAGUAGAAAGGAAGGAUCUAAUUGGUCAACUGAAGAAGUCCAAACAAACUGGACCAAUAGCUAACUGUGUUACAUCUCCCAGUACUCCUUUCCACUAUAAAGGUCUUAGAGGCAGAGAAUCUGAUUUGGACUCCCAGUUGCCUGAUCCAGUUUCACCUGUGGCAACAUUCAGUGUAAAUCUAGACAUUACUAGUACAGAGAAGAGUCUCUCAUCUCUAAACCCCAGUAAAUGUUCUAAUUCUCCUUCCGUGGACAAAUCCUCACCUGUAAUGAUUGCAAAUUUUGGAUCAGAAAGUUCAGAUGAUGACAUGCUCUUUACAGAGAUAGAAGUUACAAAGGGACGUAGAGGUCGUGGCCGUGGUAGAGGAGGAAAUAGAGGUCGGGGCAGAGGAAUGGGUCGUGGUAAAGCUAAUCAGUCGAGCACACCAGUCAGUAGCUGUAUCAGUGACCUUGACAUUUCCUCUGAUGUUUGUAGUCCUAAUGCAGGACGUCGAGGUCGAGGGAGAGGGAGAGGUCGUGGAAAGCAGCCAAGUACACCAGUAAGCAGUGACCUUGACCUUAUGUCUGAUGUUUGUAGUCCAAGCACAGGACGGCGAGGAAGAGGGAGAGGUCGUGGGAAAAAGAGGGGGAGAGGAGCAGUGAGCACACCGGUACGACAUGAAGAUGUCAACAUUACUCAUGAGGAGAUGCCAACACCAAGAGGGUUUACCAAAUGUUCUGGAUGUGGAGAUUAUUUUGGAGAUGCAUUAUUAAGUGCUCAUGAACAACGUUGUGCAGCUUUUAAAUCUAAGAUUGGGAGAAGUAGUGGAGCGCCGUCUGUUAGCAGUGGAGAGCUAUCAUCAAUAAACACACCUCCAAUACAGGCAAAGAGCAGGCCAAGCACAGCCAGUCUGGAAAUUCGACCCACCAGUUUUAUCAAGUGUGAUGGUUGUAAUGAUCACUUUGGAGAUACUCUGCUGUCUAUCCAUCAACAAAAAUGUCUUCCAUGGAAGAACCUCCACAAAAAUAACAUGUCGACGAGUUCUUGCAAUUCACCAUGGUUAUCUACUAGAACUUCAAGCAGUUCUACUGGACAGUCAGUCUCAAGUGCAACGAGUCACAAUGCUAGUAGCAAUUCAGGUCAAAGGUCAGGAACCAACACUAGCACUAGUCAUGAAGGUCAGAGGUCAAGUGGUGAGCAGAUGAGAUCUCCCCCUUGGCUUCUGGCAGCAGAAAGACGUCUACAGCAGCAGAGAAAUUCUACAAAUAGCGAACAGUCAUUUUCAAACUCGCUAUCAAAUAGCUGUAAUAGUUCUAUAAAUUCACCAUCGGGUGAACAUAAUUAUUCCCUGAACGGUAGCAGUUCGUCAUCUAGUCUUCCAAGCCCAGUGAUAGAUUCUCAACAAUGGAUGUUAGAGAAGUACGAGAGACAGAUAAACUUUGACGACUCGCAGGGUAGUCAGAGCCAGUCGCUCCUGCAAGAAACUGUUCCGGACCGGAGAAACAUUGGUCGGAAUCUUCCAGUACAUACGUCCUCGGGGACAGCAUCGAGUGUGGCUGUUAGUAAUGGAUUUGUAGGCAUAAGUAGAAGACAGAGUAGUGGUGUAACACAGAGCAGGUUUAGUGCAAUAGAACUCUCAGACGACAGUGAUGAUAGUUACGAUGACAGUGGGAGGGGUAAUGUUCCUUCUCAAAAUACACUAGGAGUUGUACAAGUAGAAUGUCCGUUAUGUGGUGACUAUUAUCCAUCAUACUUAAUAGAAAUGCAUGCAUCAAGUUGUUAUUUGUAACCUAGGAUAUAACAGAAUAUUUUGAAAAUGGUAUUACUAGUGUUUAAUAAUAAGAUUUUAUAACUG